AAUAGCUGUCCCUAAUUGCGCCUGUGCAAAAAUUGACUUGCUGACGUGUAGGGGGGCUUCCGGAAAGCGGGCGUCUCUUCGUGUUUUCAUGUGGCUUUUCUGAGGCGAGUGACGGGCUUCACCUUGAACGAUGAGUGUAGAAGUGGAGAGAAAGUUUGUAUGCAAUGCCAACAGUCUGAAGACUCUGGAAGAAAUUGGAGUUUGUGCCGGUCAGGACCAGUUCCAGGACCGAUACUUUGACACCCCACAAUUUGACCUCACCUUAAGAGACGUGUGGCUGCGUCAACGCAAAGGACACUGGGAGCUCAAGUGUGCAGCCGCCACCCUCCGAGGGGCACAAGAGACACGAGGAGAACGAGCAGAAGCGGCCAGGCUAUGUACUCGCUACAAAGAGAUGACCAACGUGGCCGAUAUUCAUCGGAAGCUGAGGGAGGUUCUCAAAGACGCCGGUGAAAACAAGUUCGCCAUGAGCGAGUGCUGCCAUCAGAAAUUAACUGACCCCCGUGGUCUCGGCAAUGCGGAAAUGAAGUGCGUGCUCGAAGAGGGUUGGGCCACUGGUAUGAAUCUGGUCUGCUUUGCCGAGUUUACCACGGUGAGGCGGACAUUCACUUGGGAAGAGGACGGCGUGCACAUAGAUCUAGAUGAAGCAGACUUCGGCUACAGGGUAGGAGAGAUCGAGGUCCUCGUACCGGAGGGAGGAGAUGUGCAGGCUGCCCUGGACAAGAUUGAAAGGACCGCAAAGAAGCUGGGUGUGACCGGAGAUCAAGUAGUUGAUGGGAAAAUGUCUGUUUACCUUCAAAGAAACUACCCAGCACAUUAUGCAAGACUACUGAGUCAACACAUUUUGUAGACAACCAGGAGGAGACAACUUGCAGCGAUGACGAGUCAUCGGCAGUUAUCGUUGCAUGUAUAAUUCAGUGCAUUCGAAGUAAGCCAAUAAAUUAUUUUCUCGCUUUUA